CUUUCAACGCUGCGACUAGCCCUGAAACUUUACACAUCUACUCGCCUCUUUUUUAUUCUUUGGCAGCCAUCACCCACAGCCAUGAAGCAUCAAAUCUCCAUAAGCAUGUUGAUCGCAAUGCUAUUCCUACCACUCUCCUUUGUCUCUGCCUCCAUCGCAGACACCCCCAAAACAUCGCAGAAGAAAGCGUGUGGUUGGGAACUCAUGCAGAACCUCAACAUCUCCAUAGCUAGUCUGGGUACCUUGUACGCGAAACAGACGGGCGACCGCUCCCUGUGCACCCGCCAGGAUAAUGGUUCAGAGUACUGCACUUGCAUUUAUGAGUGUGGCAAUGGUGUUUGGAGUCAUCAUCACCAGGGAAAGACACGUCAACGUCAUUAUGAUGAUGAUGAUCACGAUAAUUAUGACUAUGCUGAAAGUACUACUGAUGUCAAGGCCUGGACUUGGGAACAAGGUUGCGGAAAGUAUUGUCAUGCUGGCGUGUGUGAUGGUCAGGUCUAAGGAGGAUACUAUACUACUACUAGGUUUCAGACAUUCUCUUGGGUAUAGUUAUAUAGCAUGAGGUCAUGUCCUUCUUUUUUCUCUCUUUUACUUUGGAGUAAUAUUGUUAUUGUGGGACUAUAUAGGCAAGGCGUUGGGUUAUUAAUAAAAUGAUGGUUGUUAUGAUAAAUAUUAAUACUAUAACUAUGGUUAUGACUAUAGCCAUUGGGAAACUCAAACCACACCCGCAACAACGG